AUGUCAGGCAUUUUAUUUGAUCAAUUAUCUUUAUCAGUCCUAGAUCGUUCAUUUUUAAGUUUUUUAAGAAACUUUCGAGAUAGGGAAAAUUUUCCAAAAUAUGUAAAUCAAGCUGAACAAUUGGUUACAUCACGCUUAUCACAUACAUUAUAUAUAGAUAUUAAUGAUUUAUUAAAUUAUUGCAAUAAUCAAGAAGUUAUUGACGAAGAUACAAUUGACAAUCCGUCAUUACUAAGUGGACCAUCGCUUUUAUCUUUAAUAACUGAAUAUUAUGGUGAACUUAAAGAUGCAAUUAAUGGCCUUAUAACUUCAUUUUGUCACAGUUUAAUAAUAAAUAAUGAAGGAAAUAAUCGAGCUGGUACAUCUGCAAUUACAUAUUCAGCUUCAUUUUAUGGUUUACGUUGGAUUGAAAGUUUAAGGACUCUUAGAUGUGAAAAGCUAGGGAAAUUAAUAAGUGUACGUGGUACAAUUACGAGAACAUCUGACGUAAGACCAGAAUUAUUAAAGGGAUGUUUUGAAUGUGAAAUUUGUGGUAAUAUUGUAGAUAAUGUAAUACAACAAUUUGUAUAUACGUUACCGGUAGUAUGCCCUACUAAAGGAUGUGGAAAUCGUACAGCAUGGCAACUCAAAUUAGAACAUAGUGAUUUUGGAGACUGGCAAAAACUACGUAUACAAGAACAUGCUACUGAAAUACCUCCAGGUUCUAUGCCAAGGUCAAUGGAUGCAAUAUUGCGUGGUGAUUGUGUAGAUCGUUGUAAACCAGGUGAUAAAGUUAUAUUAACUGGACAGUUAAUUGUAGCUCCUGAUAUACCUUCAUUAAUGAAACCAGGUGAUGUUCCCUCAAGUGUUGUAAAAGAUAGAGCAAGAAAUCGAAACAAUGAUUACAGUGGUAUUAGUGGUUUGAAAUCACUAGGCACACGUGACUUAGGAUACCGUUUAUGUUUUCUAGCAUGUCAUAUUGAAACAGUUAAUGCAGUUGCAUCAUUGGAUGAUGGUAGGAUAUUAGAAAGUUUAGUAAAUUCAAAUAAUAUAUCAAGCCAUGGAAAUAUAUUAUCAGAUAUAACAAAUAAUUCGGAGAAUUCAGAUCCAUUAAAACUUUUAAAUAUUAGUGAAGAGUCUUAUAAAAAAUUUGUUGAAAUAGCACAACAUCAAAAUGGACUAAAUUUGUUAGCAAAGUAUAUUGCACCACAAGUGUUUGGUUAUCCAGAUUUAAAAAAGGGUAUUUUACUACAAUUAGUUGGUGGUGUAGAGAAAAGAACAAAAGAUAAUAUAAAAUUAAGAGGUGAUAUUAAUGUUUGUAUAGUAGGUGAUCCAUCAACAGCUAAAAGUCAAGUUCUACAAUUUGUUCAGAAAUUUGCAACAAGGACAGUUUAUACUUCUGGAAAGAGCUCAACAGCUGCUGGUUUAACUGCAUCAGUACAUCGUGAUUUAGAUCAAGGUGAUUUUGUUAUUGAAGCAGGAGCAUUAAUGUUGGCUGAUAAGGGAAUUUGUUGCAUUGAUGAAUUUGAUAAAAUGGAUGAUAAGGAUGUAGUAGCAAUACAUGAAGCUAUGGAACAGCAGACUAUUUCAAUUACUAAAGCUGGUGUAUUAGCAACAUUAAAUGCUAGAGCUUCAGUAUUAGCAGCAUGUAGUCCAAUUGGUGGUCGUUAUAAUCCAUCAAAAACUUUAUCACAAAAUGUUAAGAUAUCUGCACCUAUUUUAUCUCGUUUUGAUCUAUUUUUUGUUAUGAUUGAUGAUCCAGAAGAGGUUUAUGAUGAAGUUUUAGCAUCUUUCAUUGUGAAAUUACAUGCAUUAGCAGUUAAUAAUCAAACUGACAUUAAAGGUAAACAAAUUGAUGAAGCAGACAAUAAUAUGAAUUUGUUGCAAUUAAAUCGUGCAGAAGUAGCUCAAUAUAUUGCAUAUGCUAAAACUUUUAAACCUACAAUUACACUUGCUGCGAAAUUAAUAUUAGUUCGUACAUAUCAAGCAUUACGUAUGAGUGAUACAACUACAGGAACAAGAGCUAUGAGAAUUACUGUUAGACAAUUAGAAAGUCUUAUACGUUUAUCUGAAGCUAUUGCUAAAUUAAGAUUUUCAUAUGUUGUUACAUCAGAACACGUUGAAGAAGCAUGUUCAGUAUUUAAAAAUUCUUUAAGUAAAGUAAGAUAUGGUGAUAUUGAUUUAUGUGAAAUGGAUAUUGAUGAUGAAGAACAUGUUGAAAAUGAACAUAUCAAUGAAGAAUCUAAUCAAGAUAUAUCCAAAUUAUCAAAACAAAGUAAUAAUACAAUUGGCUAUACAGAAUAUUUCAAAAUAGCUAGAAGAAUGGUUGACCAUGUACUAGAUAUAGAAAAAGAUUCUGGUGAGGCAAGUAUAGAAGUAACUGACUUAAUAUCAUGGUACAUUAGUGAAUAUGAUCAUCCUCAGAGUGAAGAUGAACUUAGUGAAUUAGAAAGACGAUAUCAUAGAGCUAUCUUACGUAUGAUUCAUCGUGAUAUGAUAUUCUAUAUAGCUCAUCGUGAAGAAAUAAUACAGGAAGAUUUAGGUAAAGAUUCCGAAAUUUUGACAAAUGAUAAUAAUGAACCAAUUAUUAGAACAUUUAUAAGGGUUCAUCCUAAUUAUAUACAAAAUACCGAUCUUAAUAGUGACAAUAAAAUAGCAAAACAUGCAGAUUUUGCAUAUCGUACAUUUGGUGAAACAGAAAGAGUUGAAGUUAAUAACAUAAAUGAUGUAGAUAUACUUGAACUAAAUCAAAAUUUGGAACCUGAAGAUUUCUUACAAGAUAAUAUAGAAAACAUAGAUAGUGGAAAUAUAGAAGUAGAUCCUUCACUUUUUGAUGAUUUUGAUGAGAAGUCCUCACAAAAUGAUAUAACAAGCCAAAAUGAAGUAUAA